AUGAAAUUGUCGACGCUAUUACUGAUAGCGGUGCUGGCGCUUGCAGCAGCUAUUGUUCCCGCCCUUCAGCUCGAUGCGAAAAGAACUCACUUGCGCCAACUACAAGAGCAGCCGAAUGAUCCGCCCCAUCCUGAACAGUCUGAACAAACUGGAAUGCCAGGUGAUGUAUCGGACGGUGUUGGUGGUGACAUGGACGAUGACAACGAUUAUGGUUACGACGCUGAUAUGUAUGAAAACGUCCGAUGUUUCCCGGGGUCGUGGAAUUGGCCUCGUUGCCGCUUUGGAGGUGGUAAGUGUUUUCCUGGAUCCUGGAACUGGCCUCGUUGUCGUUUUGGUGGGGGGUGGCAGCGGAUGCUUUCCUGGUUCGUGGAAGUGGCCGCGUUGCCGUCACUGGUUAUAAGUUCGCAAUUUGCUCACAACAGCGGAAGCAAUCACGAAUCUCCUCUCAGUGCAGGAGUCCGUCGAUAG